UCAACACACAUUAUUUAUUGCUAUUCUUAAUGCUAUUAUUAAUCUGUAGUCUAGGUAGGAGUGAGCCAGAUUUAUUGCAAUACAAUAACCCCAAUGUGAGCAACAAGGACUGUAAACUCUUCUAAAUUUUAAAAAUAGUUUAGUUCUUCAGCCAAAAAGAGGAAGAGAAACUUUUAUGUGGCUUUUAUGUAACUACUUCUCAGCAGUCUUUUCAGUCUUACAUGAUUUUUCUGUGUGUACAUUCACUUGUGAAAAGUCAUUCGAGAAGCUGUUUGUAUCUGAAGAAAUAACCAAAGUGAGUUUACUGCUUUAUGAGAAGAGUUAUAUGUAUAAAUGUUCUUAUUUAUAUGCAGCUCUGAGAGGAUUUAAGACUUAUUUUAUUUUUAUUUUUUUCUUGGAGGAUUUCUCUCAUCAUCAUGUUUCAACUGCUGCUCUUCUCUCAGCUGAUGAUUCUCACAGCUCUGGGGAAUAAAUGGAGUAAGAACUACAACCAGGAAAAUCUCUGUGCUUUAAAAGGAUCUACAGUGAUUAUGAACCUCACUUACACACAUCCAACAGGUCUUACAGUGAAAGACAGGUUUUGGAUCAUAAACCCAGCUCCAGGUAAAGAGCCGACUGAUCUGCGUAAUGAACCAGGUUACUCAGGCAGAGUUCAGUAUCUAGAACAUGGACAGAAUCACUUCUCCCUCAGACUGAGUGAUGUGAAGGAAACAGAUGAACACAUGUACUGUGUUAGAGUCUUAGGAGAGAAAAAGAGAACAAAAGAUAAAUACCUCUUUUAUCCAGGAGUAACACUCACAGUCACAGAGUUAAGAGUGGAGACUCCUGAAAAUGUGGUGGAGGGAAAUAAAACAGUGUUAGUGUGUAACACCACCUGCAGUCUCUCAGAAACACCAGCAUUCAUCUGGUACAAAAACGACCGACUUAUUGACACAAAGAACAGCAAUAACACUCUGACUCUGCAGCCGACUAAAGCAGGCGACGCAGGCAGGUAUAACUGUGCUGUGAGAGGUUAUGAUCUUCUCCGUUCUCCUGCUCGAACCCUCAGUGUGAGAUAUCGUCCAAAGAAUGUCUCAGUGUCCAUCAGUCCCUCUGGUGAGAUUGUGGAGGGUAGUUCGGUGACUCUGACCUGCAGCAGUGAUGCUAACCCACCUGUGCAGAUGUACAAAUGGUUUAAAGGUACGACAUCAGUAGGAAAUGAAAAGACCAUGAACAUCUCCAAGAUCAGCUCUGAGGACAGUGGAGAGUACAAGUGCAAGUGCAGUAAUGAAAUCGGAUAUCAGUACUCCAACAGUGUGACUCUGAAUGUAGUCGGAGCGGAGAGUACAGUGCAAAGGGCAGUGGUUGCAGUCAGUAUCGUGUGUCUCUUAAUUAUUUUCGUCAUUCUCACCGUUGUGCUUCUAAGAAAAAAAAAGAUGUAUUGCUGGUCAGUAGAGCACACUGGAGCACACGGUAAUAUAGCUGUCCAAUCUCUUGCCCAUGACGCACCUCAGUCUAACUCCUGCUUGGCCGAUCAGAAUGAAGAUCAGUAUGCAAAUAUUGCAUACCCGAGGAAAGCUAUGAGUUCUGCAGUGAGAUCUUCUGAGCAGGCUCUUUAUGCUGAUGUCCAGAAACAACGUGAUAAAAAGGUGAAGAAUCAUCAGGAGGAGGGAGUACUGUACACUACUGUAAACAUUUCCUCUUCACACAGGCCUAAGGCUGAAACCGCAGAACAACAUUCAGUCAUCUACAGCAGUGUUAAGUGAACAGCACUGGCACAAAAACCUCCUCAGGCCACCUCCUUUUUGUGAUAUUUGAACACGUCUCCAAGGGAGAUUUUCAUCAUAGGAACUCCUUUGGAUGACUGACCAAUCAGCAGCUUCAGAACGGGAAACAAGUGGCGGAGAAGCAGACACUUGCUAAUGCUCAACUAAAUAGAGCUCAAGAGCUACACAGCUUUAUUUUUAACAUUUUACUUGCUAUUGAUCUUAAAACAUUAAAACCUCUGGACCGCUGAACUGUCAGGCUUCUCUGUUUGCCUUACUGACUGUUUCUAUGAUAAUUACCUCAUUAUAGUUACUUUUGCUUACCAUAUUAUUGUGAAAACUACUCUUUAGCCAUUUACUGUUGUUCUGUAGGUUUUUCAGAUUUAUAUAUUAUGUAUUAUAUUAUGGCUUACAAUUUUUCUUAUUAAACUUUUCACUCA